AUGUCAUCAGACCUCACCACCAUUUCAACAUCAGAGGGAUGCCCAGCUAUCGGACCUUAUUCGCAAGCUGUAGUCGCGGGCUCUUAUGUUUUCCUCUCAGGCCAGAUUCCAAUCGACUCGACCGGUAAGCCUCUCCAAGGCAGCAUCGCAGAUAAGACGCACGCUUGCUGCAAGAGCGUCCAGGCAGUUCUGUCAGCGGCCGGUAGUGGCAUCAGCCGUGUGGCAAAGGUCACAGUCUUCUUGGAUGACAUGAAGAACUUUGCGGAGUUCAAUGCUGUUUAUGAGACGUAUUUCACCCAUAAGCCGGCCAGGAGCUGUGUGGCGGUAAAAACACUGCCUAAAAAUCUAGAGGUGGAGAUUGAAUGCGUGGCUUUACUCCACACUCAGGGAUCUCGGCUCUAA